GCCUGCAGCGCUCCCAGUCUUCCCCCAUUCUCCCGGCUGUGCGCUCCACUCCACCUCCUUCUACACAUAGGGUGUGAAAACAAAACUCAGCCAAGAUGUCGGAGAAAAAGAUGUCAUCGAGUCGCAAGCAUCAUCUGAAGAGCUUGAUGCUCUCCAUUGCUAAAGGUUUACUGGAGGUGGAAGCAAAGGAGAAAGAGUCGGAAAGAACACGAUACAUGGCAGACAUAUGCCCUCCUUUAUCCUUGCCAGGAGGUGUGCAAGCUUUACAGGAACUAUGCAGAGAGCUUCAUCAUAAGAUUGAUGUGACUGACGAGGAGAGAUAUGAUUUGGCGAGUAAAGUCGACAAAAGCUCAAAGGAGAUUGAAGACCUGAAAAUUAAAGUUCAGGACCUGAAGGGCAAGUUUAAGAAGCCAGCUUUGAGGAAAGUACGUCUCUCUGCUGAUCAAAUGCUUCAGGCUCUGCUGGGCUCCAAGCACAAGGUGUCUCUGGAUCUGAGAGCCAACCUGAAACAAGUGAAGAAGGAAGUCAAGGAGGAGGAUAAGGAGCUGCGUGAUGUUGGCGACUGGCGCAAGAACAUCGAAGACAAGGCUGGUAUGGAUGGCAGGAAGAAGAUGUUUGAGUCUGAGGCUUAAAUUUUCAGAUUUAAUCUACUCCUCAGUGCUUUUGUGGAUUCACUGUUGUGGCCUGCUGCUAGAUACUCAGAAUGAAAACAUCAAGUUUAAUUUAGCAAAUGGACAUAAUCAUUGGUAAGUGAUGUAGGAAAGGUACAAGCAAAACUGCAAUUCUUUUCUGUUAAAAGUUUAGAAUUCUAAAUCUUCAGUCAUAUUCUGUCUGCUUAUAAAGGACUUCACACACAACAUAUGUUUUAAGUAUUUUUGCAAUGUGUGAAUAAACAAUGUAAAUGGAAAGUA